ACUCAAGCUUCAGUCCCUCGUGCCACCGCGCGAUGGGCUCGGAGGCAGCUCAGCUGCUGGAGGCUGCUGACUUCGCCGCUCACAAACACCGACAGCAGCGACGGAAAGAUCCCGAAGGGACUCCCUACAUCAAUCACCCCAUCGGUGUAGCCCGGAUCCUAACCCAUGAGGCGGGAGUCACUGACAUUGUGGUAUUACAGGCCGCCCUGCUCCACGACACCGUAGAAGACACAGACACUACCCUGGAUGAGGUUGAGCUGCACUUUGGAGCACAGGUUCGGCGCUUGGUGGAGGAGGUAACAGAUGACAAGACUCUACCCAAACUGGAAAGAAAGCGGCUACAGGUGGAACACGCACCCCACAGCAGCCCAGGGGCCAAACUGGUGAAGCUGGCAGACAAGCUGUACAAUUUGAGGGACCUGAAUCGCUGCACCCCUAGAGGAUGGUCAGAAGAUCGAGUCCAGGAAUAUUUCGAGUGGGCAGCACAGGUGGUGAAGGGACUUCUGGGAACGAACCAGCAACUGGAAGAGGCACUUAAACAGCUGUUCCUGGAGCGAGGCCUGACUCUUUGAAUGGUGCUUGGUGCAGUCCUGUGGCAUGGUUCCAGCAAGGCCCAGAUGAGAUGGGAUUCUUACCGCAGCAUUUCAGAACCCCCUCAUUUCUCACAUUCCU